AUGUGUCCGGGGGAAGGUUGGAGGGGGGUCGCCAGAUCCCCCUCUCAUGAGUCGGUGACAACAGAACUGUCACUGUUCAGUGUGUCCUCCGCUGCAUCAGAUGCAAGAGUGCUCAGGCUUUUGGCUAGCAAGGCGGGCCAGGGUCCGGAUCCUUCAUUGAGGGUUGCGAGCCCGAAUCCCGAAGGAAAAGCUAUCAAACGAGGGUCUACUUCGAUCCUUCAGUCUGGGGACGCGUGUCGGGAGCUCCUGGCCGGGUGCGCGGCCCUGUGCGCCCAGUUAGGGCUCCGUAGAUCUUUCAGUGCUGGGGAUGUGGCCUCGGGGACUGUGGCCAAGCCUGUCAGAAGUGCGACAUCGGAGGUGGGUCUGUGCGCGGCGCUCGAGGCCCUCACGAUGAGUGCGGCGUCUCGCUCCUGCAGCACAUGGGUCGCGGUAGGCGGGUCGCAGCUGCCGUCCCCGCAGCGCGCGCACCCCGCGCAGCCGCCGCCGCGCGCGCUGCCCGGCGACAACAAGAAGGUCCGCCAGAAUUAUAUAAAGCGUCGACUUCUGACGACGUACAGAGCGUUGGAGAGGAUGUCGCAGUCCGAAUUCAAUCUGGAUAAACUGGAGGCAGUAGCAUCCGCCGCUGCCAACACCGGCCCCGGACCGACCACUCUCGCGGUGCCCACCAAAACCACUAAGUUUGUACACCCAGAAGCGGCACAUUUGGCCCUCACAGCCGCGGAUUUAGAACGCGAAAGGGGACGCCCUCUAUCAAAAUACGAAAGAAACAUGAUAAUAUUCAACUGGCUCCAUACUCUAGACGAGGCUGCCCCGUUC